AUGGGGACACGACUAGACCCUACUUACGGCAUGGCAACUUCAAGAAAUGCAGCCAGUUGUCUAACUCCUAAAGCGGCGUCUUUGCCAUGCACGUCACGUCAUGGUCCAGUUGCUUUUGCCCAUCUUCCAUUUAGGCCUGUUGCGCAACCACCUUACACCCACCCACCACCCCGCCCUCCACCUCUGGGCCGUCCGGCCCGUGCGCGGGCUCGGGCUUGGGCUCGAUCGGCCAAAGUAGAGACUCAGACUCUCAACUUCUCUUCCGGACGGUCAGAAUGCUCCAAGUGCGGCUCAGUCAUGCAUGACGUUGGAGGAAGAAAGAGAGAGAGAGAGAGACAUAGAAAAAGGGAGAAAGGGGGAGGGGGAAUACGAGAUAACGGUUUGUUGUGA